AUGAAGAUGUCCAAUGGAAAUCUUAUAAAUCUCCAUUGAGAUAAGAUAACUGGCAAGAAUAACGCGCAACACCCUUUAGAAUCUAUUGUUUUCUCGGAUUUUCUCCGUCUCCGUCUCUCGAUUGAAAUUCAAUGAUUAAUUUGUGAUAAUACAAUAUAUAAACGUGCAAUAACAAUUGGAUUUGAAUUGUGUUUUUUUCAUUUAAUUGCAAAAAUAACAAACUUUGUAUAUUGAAAUGAAUACUUUCGUAGUUUUCUGUUUAAUUUUUUCCCCCAUUUAUGGGCUCGAUGCAACUCCAAUAGUUAAUUUGACUAGUGGCCCUAUUCAAGGUAAAGUUAUCGAAUAUGAAUCGAUUGGUGUUUACCAGUUUCUUGGUAUUCCAUAUGCAAAGCCGCCGGUUGGUAAGUUGAGGUUACAGUUACCAGUUAAACCAGACCCAUGGAAAGAGGUUAAAUCAGCGACUGAUUCAGGUCCAGCUUGUCUUCAACCACAUGUCAUGCCGAGUAUACAAGAAACCAGUGAAGACUGUCUCUAUCUAAAUGUUCAUGUUACUGAAUCAACUUUCAAUAGUUCAUCAGUCAAACAACGACCAGUACUUUUCUGGAUUCAUGGCGGUGGAUUCACAGCUGGAUCUGGAGUUAUUUUAGGACAUCCAAUUGUUGCAUUACAUGAUGUUGUACUCGUCUCUAUAAAUUAUCGUCUCAAUGCAUUUGGCUUUAUUCACUUUGGAGCUGAAGAACCCAGAAUUCCUUCAAAUAUUGGUUUGCAGGAUCAGCUGCUUGCUUUGAAAUGGGUCCAUGAAAACAUUCAAAAGUUUGGCGGUGAUCCAAAUAGCGUGACAAUUUUCGGCCAAUCUGCUGGUUCGAUUUCAGUCUCUGCUCAUUUAUUAUCUCCCCUUUCAAAAGGACUUUUUAAACGAGCUAUUCUUGGAUCAGGGACAAUUCACCUGAAUCACAAUGACGAUGCCUUGAUUACAGAUUCUUGGAAACUGUACAACAAAACAUCAUGUUCAGAAUCGAAAGAUGUUCUUGAAUGCAUGCAGAAUUUGCCAACAACUGAAAUUCUGAAUAACAUAAAUGAUAAAGCAAUAGCAUAUUCCUUCACCGUGGGCGAUGAUUUCCUUCCUUACGAACCAUCCAAAGCUUUUGCAGAAGGACUCUUUGAUAAUUCGAUUGACAUUCUAUUGGGCGUUGAAAGAAAUGACGGUUCGCUGUUCAUGACAACUGUCGAUCCCAUAGCCUUUGAUUAUCUAAAAGCCCCUGAGCCAAUAUCUUAUCAACAAGCUACAACAUACUUGAAGCGCAUUUUUGCUUCUGAUUCAGUCGACUAUUACCGUGAACUCUACUUUGGUCCUGAAACUAACAAUUCAGAUUUCAGGUUUCAACUUGAAAGAGCUUACAGUGAUGUUACCUUCAUUUGUCCGACUUAUGAGUUAAGACUUCAAUACGCUUUUAGUUUGGGUAAACAGGGCGGUAAAGUAUAGUAUGCUUAUUAUCACACUCAAAAGCCAGUCGACAUUAUGCCUGAAUGGAUAGGAAUCUAUCAUGGAGCUGAUGUGCCUUACGGUUUCGGAAUAAAUCUGCUAAAUCCUGCUUGUUCACAGAGAGAUGUCUCAUUGACUCGUGAAAUGAUGAAAAUUUGGACUCAUUUUGCUGAAAAUGGUGAGCCUCCAAUGGUUGGUGAAACUAAGUGGAAACCAUUCCAAGAAAGCAAGUCGGCAAUGAUAUUGAACAUUGAUGAUUUGGGAAAGACUGAAACGGAAAGAGUUCAGUUUUGCUACAGAGAAUGGCCUUAUAUGUCUCAAAACAUUAUUAUUGGAUUGGGCACGUUUCCAAAGCUUGGAUAAUUGCUCUAAUUGAAUCUGUUUUUUGCAAAACGGGGUGACAUUAGUGGUGCUGUUUUACGCCAUGAAAAAACACUUAUUUACUGAAAGAGAUUUUAAAUAAAAGAGUUGAGCUUAAUCGCUUUCCAUGAUACAAGAUUGAUACUUUGCUUAUAAGCGGGACAAAAUCGAAUUGUUUUCAUUCAGUUUUGUAUGCUCAUAUAGAAUUGUAAAUUGUAUUAAUAAAGAAAUGAGUUUAGCUUAUUUUAUGCU